UGUUUAUUUUUUUCAUUUACCAACAGAGUUGCCAUUCAUACAGAAUUACCUGUAAUGUAUUGAUUUGUAUACGUCCAUGCGAAUUUCAUGCAGGAUACAAAUUUAAUACAUAUUGCCAAAACUAUAUACAUAAUUGUGCCUACUUCUCAUCCUCCAACGCAAUUCAAAAUCGAACCCGUUUUGUUACAAUAUUUACUUGUUUCUGGUCUGCCGCCACUUAAUUUCGGGUGACAAUUACCAACACAACAAAAAAUUGUCUAGAUGAACAACGUUGAGAAAAAUAAAUGGUAACCUUCCAACAUCGCGGAAAAGUUAAAUAUAUUAUCAACGUAAUCCAAUAAUUUAUUGUGGCGAUUCAUUUUCAAAUAUUUUGAUGAAAUCAGGCAUCCCUGCAAGCAGCUGAUCGGUGUUGACAAAAGAGGGGAAACCGACUAGUAAAAAAACUUGUACAUAACACAAGGGGUGUACAUAUAGUAAAUUUUCAGUGUACAUAUAGUAAAAUUCAGUGUCACUGCCAGAGCAACCAGCAAAGUUUUCCGCAUAUUUUAUAUUUUAUAACAUCCUACACACGAUGGCGAAAAGAUCCAGAGAUAGUACGUUCAAUAGUGACAGUGAUGAUGAGUUCCAGUUUGACUCUGACAACACAGGUGUCAUUAGUUCAUCCAGUGGAAGUGAAAUCCUUGCAACAAGCAAUGCACCCAGGCGCUUCAAUGUGGGCAGUGAUAGCAGCAGUAAUGAAGACAUGAUUAUUCAGGAAAAUGAUGGCCGUAGUGAUAAUGAAUGGACGAAUGUUACAAAUCACGAUAUCAUUCCGCAAAAAAUACAGUUUAGUUCUGGAUCACGAACCCCUGGUUCACAACUACAAUCAACUUAUAAGGAACCGUUAGAUUUCUUCAACUCGUUCUUUACGGAAGAGUUGAUCAAGAAAAUAGUUGAGGAGACUAAUCGGUACGCAAAUGAUACGAUACAAAGAAAACAUGUAAAAAAGCGGUCCACAUGGCGUACAUGGACUAAUGUCACACUAAAAGAAAUGCGAGCAUUUCUCGGGAUAAUAUUGCUUAUGGGAACAAUGCCACUUCCGAGCCUGAAGGAUUAUUGGAGCACCGACAGGAAAUGCAGGAUCCCGUACUUUGCCGAAGUAUUCAGGAGGGAUCGAUUUCUACAAGUAUUCUGGAUGCUUCAUACAAAUGAAAAUACUGAAGGUAGACAAAACAUGACAACAAGGACGCAGAAAAUUAGCAAUUUUUUGGAUUACAUUGAUAGUAGAUGUCGAGAAAAUUUUGUACCCGGGGUGCAAUUAUCAGUGGAUGAAUCCAUCGUCAAAUUCAAAGGGCGAAUAACUUUUAUUACGUACAACCCACAGAAACCAACCAAGUGGGGUAUCCGCGUUUACGUUCUUGCAGACGCUAAUACUGGUUAUAUACAGACUAUUUUACCAUAUUAUGGCAGUUUUACUACAGAGAAAUUACUUAGACCAGAUCUGCCAAUAAGUACAAGAAUAGUCUUACAACUAUACCACAAUUUCUUGCAAUCCAAUCCUGGCGCUGUAGGAUACCAUAUUUUCAACGACCGAUAUUUCACAAGCAUUCCCUUGGCAGAUGCACUACUAGAACUGAAAUGUCAUCUGACUGGAACUAUCCAGACAAAUAGGAAAUUUAUUCCAGAUGAAAUAAAGAAUCCAAAGAUCGCGAAAAAUGAGAUGGUUGCCUACAGACGGAAAGAUUUAUUAUUAUUGGCUUGGAGAGACAAGCGUAUUGUGACCAUGCUCAGCACCUGUGCUACCUCAUCUUCAACAACCGUCACUAAAAGGUCAAGGAAAGAAGGAGUAACUGAUACUGUGAAGCCAGAUGUGGUUUUGAAUUAUAAUAAAUACAUGGGCGGGGUCGACAAAGCAGACCAGUACACAGGCACGUACUGUUUUAUGAGAAAGUCCCAAAAAUGGUGGCGAAAAUUAUUUUUUUGGGGAUUGGACGUUUCUGUGAUAAAUUCCUAUUUAUUGUAUCAGGAACAUCACAAGAAACACAACUUAAAAAAGUUAAGCCAUUUGGAAUUUGUACGUCGCUUGGUAGAUCAAUUGGUUGGAGAUUUUCGAGAUACUGAUCCCAAGCCUCCUUCGACUUCUACAACAGCGGAAAGGCUCAACGGCCUUCUACAUAUUAUUCGGCGAAACGAGACAGGAAGAAGCAAAGAUUGUGUCGUAUGCUCGAAUCGGAAGGUAAAGCAUGGAAGGAGAGAAUCGAUGUACUAUUGUGCUACUUGUUCAGCUAAGCCGACCUUGCACAUAGGUGAUUGUUUUGAGCGAUACCACACAAAGGAACAAUAUAAAACGUAUAAUAUGUAAACACAACUACAUUUGUUUGUUUAUGGUUUUGUUAGAUUUUCAUAAAAAAAGUUAUUUGUUAGUAAAUUUGUUUGUUUAUAAUUUUUACGAUUUUUUGGAUAAUUUAUUUGAAUAAAGCCUUAAUUUGUAAAACGCAAAUAUGCGACGUGAAAAUUUUCUUUACUGCACGCUCCAAUACCUGUCGUCCACAGCGACGCU